GGUAGGAUUUUCACUCGUGGAGAAUAACUUGCUUGCGGGGUGUCACUACAGAAGAAGGAGCUGCAGCCAGCAGCACGCACUAGGACAAUGCCAACAAUAUGCAGCCUUUUAAAACAGGGAAGUGGUGAGAUGACUCUUAGGACUAACACGGCUGUUCCUCUGAAACCUGUCAUUGUUGAGGAUGGUUUUGGGUACAUGUCAUCAGUCAUCCCUCUCUCCGUGAAAGCAACGGCAGACCAUCGUUUUGCGUCUUUUUUCCUGGGUUACCCGUGCAGACACCAUACCAUGGCAAGCAUGGAGCCCGCUCAGCUCACCGCUGUUGUUGUGAGCAUUGUAAACACCUCGCCCAUGAUCCUGGAGUAUGUGCAGGACCGGGCUAAGAGACGCCAGCACGAGGACGAUUGUGAUGAGGUCAUGGACACACACAUUCCUGAAAGCAUGGGCUGUGGCAAUUGGGACAUCAUGGCGGCAGUGAGGCUGGUUGAUACAGUGGGACGCCGAUUCUGGGCCUGGCAAACAAGCACAGACUGGUGGGACCGCAUAGGGCUGCAGGUAUGGGAUUAUUCACAGUGGCUGUGAAACUUUUGCAUGCAUAAGGCCACUUUCCUUGAACUUUGUGAGUUGCUUUCCCCUGCCCUGAAGCUCAGGAAUACCAAGAUGAGAGCUGCCCUGACAGUUGAGAAGCAAGUGGCGAUAGCCCUGUGGAAGCUUGCAAUGCCUGUCUGCUACCGGUCAGUCGGGAAUCCAUUUUGAGUGGGCAAGUCUACUGUGGGGACUGCUGUGAUCCAAGCAGCCAAUGCAAUCCCUGACGUUCUGCUAUCAAGGGUAGUGACUCUGGGAAAUGUGCAGGUCAUAGUAGAUGGCUUUGCUGCAAUGGGGUUCCCUCACUGUGGUGGGACGAUAGACGGAACAUAUGGCCCUAUCUUGCCACUGGACCACCUUACCAACCAAUACGUAAACUGCAAGGGGUACUUCUCAAUGGUGCUGCAAGCACUGGUGGAUCACAAGGGAUGUUUCACCGACAUCAACGUGGGAUGUCUGGAAAAGGUGCAUUAUGCUCGCAUCUUUAGGAACUCUGGGCUGUUUGAGCAGUUGCAAGAAAGGACUUACUUCCCAGACCAGAAAAUUACCAUUGGGGAUGUUGAAAUGCCUAUAGUUAUCCUUGGAGACCCAGCCUACCCCUUGUUCCCACAGUUCAUGAAGCCGAACACAGGCAGCCUGGACAGUAGUAAGGAGGAGCUCAACUAUAGGCUGAGCAAGUGCAGAAUGGUGGUAGAAUGUGCCUUUGGUCGUUUAAAAGCUCACUGGCACUGUUUGCUGACUAGGUUAGACCUCAGCACAACCAACAUUCCCAUUGUUAUUGCUGCUUGCUGUGUGCUCCAUAACAUCUGUGAGAGUAAGGGGGAGAUGUUUAUGGUGGGGUGGGAGGUUGAGGCAAAUCGCCUGGCGGCCAAUUUUGAGCAGCCAGACACCAGGGCGAUUAGAAGAGCACAGCUAGGCGUGAUGUGCAUCAGAGAGGCUUUGAAAACCAGUUUCAUGACUGGCCAGGCUACAGUGUGACAGUUGUGUGUGUCUCUCCUUGCUGCAAACCUGCCCUCUUUGUUGAUUUUAAUUCCCUGUAGGCCAACCACCCUCCCCACUUCGA